AUGUUCUCUCGAACUCUUCAAUCUUCAUUCAGAUCUUCAGCACGAUUAUCACAACUUUCUUCACAAUUUCAAAGACGAGCCAUGGCCUCAAUCACUUCUCACAAGCUUAACACUGGAGCUACCAUUCCUGCUAUUGGGUUCGGUACCUGGCAGGAUAAGGAUUCUCAAGAGGAUGCAGUCACAGAGGCAUUGAAGGCGGGAUAUAGACACAUCGAUACUGCUAGAGUUUACGGUACUGAACCAGCAUGCGGAGCUGCAAUCAAGAAAUCUGGCGUUCCUCGUUCCGAACUCUUCAUUACCACUAAACUAUGGAACAACAAGCAUAAGCCAGAAGACGUCGAAGCAGCUCUUGAUGCUUCAUUAAAAGAUUUGGAUUUGGAUUAUGUGGAUUUAUUCUUGAUGCAUUGGCCAUCUGCAUUCAAGCCAGGCGAUGAAUUAAUGCCAAAGGUGGAUGGAAAGAUGCAGACAGCAGAUAUCUCCUACGUUGAUACAUACAAGGCUAUGGAAAAGCUCAUUGAUACUGGAAAGACCAAGGCUAUUGGGAUUUCUAAUUUUUCAAGAGGGGAGUUGGAACAUCUGUUGAAGGAGACUUCGGUGGUUCCUGCAGCUCAUCAAUUGGAACUCCACCCAUGGUUGCAACAAACUGAAUUCUGUGAAUUCAACAAGAGCAAAGGUAUUCACAUCACACAAUAUUCUCCAUUUGGAAAUCAAAAUGAAAUUUAUGAUGCCGGGAAGGGUAUCGGCAAGUUGAUGGAUGAUCCAACUAUCGUUGAGAUCGGCAAAAAAUAUAACAAGUCUGGAGCACAAGUAGCUUUAGCUUGGGGUAUUGCACAUGGUCACUCGGUUAUCCCCAAGUCCAAGACACCUUCACGCAUCAAGUCUAACUUGGAGGGAGACUUCAAACUUGAUGCUGAAGACUUGAAGAAGUUGGAUGGUUUGGAUAAAAAGUUGAGAUUCAAUGAUGCUAGUAAAGGAUUCGGAUACAACUUCUAUUCAGAUCUAGAUGGAAAGAAGAAUUAAGGAGGAAAGAUACCACACGUAAUAUAGUAAUAUCACUUUUCAUCAACGGCUCACAAGUUUCCUACUUCCCGUCCUACAUCGUUGCCUCGGGAAUAUACAUGGCUGGAUUUAGAAAAAUCAAUAUUUCA